UAACAGCUCCAUUAAUGUCACGAGACUAACGGUGAAUUUCUUUCCCAGUCCGAUUGUGGAGUCAAUUCUGGUCUGGCUUUACCAGGAUGGCGAACCUACGAGCUGCUAAAGAGCUCCAGCUUCACCCUCGGAAACUGACUUUCUUUUCUUUUUCUCGAUAUGGCAUCACUGCUAUUUGUUUUUUCACGAGGCAUUUCCUGGCUGCCAGUCCCACCGUCGUCGUGUGCCGGCCCUGGAUGGUGCGCCUCUCUUCCCAGGCAUGACACACUUACUGGGCUGCAGAGCCGAGCCACGGGACGAGCCACGGGACAGAGACACGGUGCGGAAGCCAGAGGACAGAGUCAGACGAGGAUGAUGAGGAUGCGGGAGAGAGAAGCUGCUCAUAGCUGCUGCUGCUGCUGCUGCUGCUGAUGAUGAUGAUGAUGAUGAUGAUGAUACUGUGGACAGAGGAAUGAAGAAAUAUAGAGCUCUGCGGGUUGGAGGAUGGUGACAGUGAUGGUGAUGAUGAUGAUGAUGGUGAUCGAGGUGGUGAGGACGGGACUGCUCGGAGGGGGGAUGCUCGGACGAUCGGAGCGCUUCUCUGCUCAGUGUUGAUCAUCGUGCGGGUAAAUCUCGGGUAUCACCGAGAGUUUAACGAAGCGCUAUUCUGAGGAGGUGGGCCAAGUCCCGAGAGAGAGAGAGAGAGAGAGAGAGAGAGAGAGAAAAGGAGAGAGAGAGAGAGCGGGAGGAGGGGGAGGACCUUCGGACUCGGUGACAGUCUGGGAUGUUGUUGCUGCUGUUGUCCGUGAUGUGAAGCGACAUUAAGGAGCUGAUGAAAGGACUCCUGCCAGCGCGAGGACACAUACUCAUACAUUUUUGCAGUUACAUAUUUAGCCGCUCUGCUUGGUAGAGACCAGUUGAAGUUGGCUUCCUGCCUGUUGAGAUGUGCCAAUAGGAAACACUGUGAACAGGGGUUCAUGCUGAUGAAAUUGAUCUGCUCAGUGAGCUCCAACCAGAGCCAUGGGGAGUACCCAGACUGCCGCAGUGAGAGGGAGUCGGGAGGGGAGGCGUCUCUCCUGGUGUCUCCGCUGGUGGUGGCGGGGAUCGUUAUAGGUCUGGUCCUCUUCCUCUCCUGCAUCACCAUCAUCGUCGGCAGCCUGCGCAAAGACAGUCGACUCCGAAACCCACACCUCCGAGCUAGCUACGGACCAGAUGGUUUUUCCUAUGGAGGCUCAGUGGGAGAACUGAGGUCUACCUGCUUAGAAGACUUUCCUCCUGGUUUAGACUUUGACUCAUACAGAGAGACACUAUCGCAGGUCAACAGCCUGUACCCAGACUCGCCUCCACGUUACGAUGAGUGUGUUGGCCCUGGUUCGACUCAGAUCUACAUACCUACAGAUGACCCACCUCCUUACUCCCUACUGGACCCCUGUCAGAGAGGCCCGGAGCAGGAGGAGCAGCCAAGCUACACCGGUCCGGAUCCUUCUCCGUACUGCGGAGAGACCUCGGCCGGCGCCGGCUGGUUCUCCCCCUCCCACUACGCGCUGGGACUGCAGGAGCACGAGCACCAACACAUCGCAUCCAUCUCCUUCCCGCUGGAGGCGGCACCGCCUUACGAGUCAGUGUUGGCCGAGCAGGGACACCCCAUCCCUCUCAUGCCAUGUGACCUUUAUAAACACCAGUCAGAGCGGGGGGACGAUGGCGGCUCCCAGCAACCCGGGGCGAGCCAGAUCUUGUAGGACAAUUAAUUUGUUUCUCUCACCUGCGCCGUUGGUUGUCCCCAGUUGAAUCACUUGUGAUGUGGGGCACAAAAUGGCUGUUCGGAGCGGCUGGGACACCAAACAAUGGACACUAACGAGAUGUACACAUUUUCCACACAGUUGCUAAAACCUAAUCAGGCUGAACGUCAGCAUCUCAGCGGACUGACAUGAAGCCGGGACUCCAGCUUUCAACCUACAGUUUGUUUCCGGACAAAAUAAAAACUCACGUCUGACUGUGUUGUACCGUAAAGUUUCCAGAAAGACAACUUCUCUAAAAAGGUUUGUCAUCCGAGCGACGCUCCGUUGGACAAUGACUCCAUCUGGUAAUAACACUAUUGUCUGGUUCAGUUUUACCGCGUCUUGACUGUUAAUCUCUUUUUUCUUGAAUUAGGACGGAUCUAAGAGACACGUGUUUGGAGUUAGUUAAAAGACUAACACUGAUUCACCGCACUGUAGACGACAGGAAGCCGACUUCUUGUGUAGGAGAGAGAGUGUGAACAACAUCAAUGUGGUUUUUAGUAGUGUUUUUUUUUUUUUUAGGUAUACACAAGCACACAGAGUUCCCCCUCUCCCAUUUAUUUUGGUCUGAUCCUCACCUGUCGGUAUGUUUUCAUGAUGUUUUGAAUGAAGUUACACUUAGCUCUGGUGUUGUGUAAGAGAACAGUGCGUCUCAGCAGUGUGUGAACAUUUAGUAUCCCAGUGGUAAGAGGAAUGACUCUGUAACGAAAUGAUUGUGGCCAUAAAAUCCUGGACGAGAAGAGUGAAUCAUCAACAGUCCCCUUCUUUCCAGUCGUAUAUGUUUGUCUCCUUCAGCAAUGCACUAUGAUGAGGAAGUCACCGUGAAAUGUUUUGCAACAUACUGUACAUCUGUCAUCACCAGAGAGGGGGUUUCAACCAGUCCGCCGUCGCACACAUUGUCGUAACUACUUCUGUCAAGGGCUCUGGUUUUAAUAUCAGUGCUGUACCUGGACCCCAGCAGCAAAAUGUAGCUCGGAGCCCCUCCCCCCUUGACGGGGGGUUGGGGGUUGAUGCAACAGAGAAGUUACACAUGAAACUGUAGAAACUGUCAACACACCGUUCACCGGAGAGACGGAUGCUUCUGUCUUUUUUUGUCUUUUGGUUCCAGCCUUGUGAAAGAAUAAUCUUGGCCUGAGUUUUCCAAACAUCUCCACAGUUAUUAACCUGCAUAAGCAACAACUGGAGAUGUGACAGGAAUAAGAAUCUAGAUACUGUUGUUUUCAAUAUUUACAUUUAGUGAAAAAUGCCGUUUGCGUUGUUUUAAAGCUCGAGGUAACGUCUUCAAACUGCUGGUUUUUGUCUGAUCAACGCCUCAAAACCCAAAGAUUUCAGUCUACUUUCAAAUUAGUAGAAAUGUUAUCAACUUAUUUUUUCAAUCUACUAAUUGAUUAACUGACCAGUCAUUCCAUGUCUAUUGUAAACAGAUCGACAUCCAAACACAAUUUUUUGGGAUGUAUCGCUCCUGAUCAAAAACAAAUUAAUUGCAUUGAAAAUUUUAUUUUUAAGGGGGAAAAUUAAUUCCUGUCAAAAAUAUUUAGAUUGAGCAAAUUUGCAAAAGAAGCUUCUAUUCCUCAACAAAUACAUUUAAUUAGUUGUAACCACAGACUUUUCUUUACUCUUAUUAAGAGGUGUCGGUCGCCUCACCUUAACAACAGCAUGACUGUACAAAUCGAUCUCAUGUCUGACGCACUGGAGACAAAUAUAAUCCAGGCGCCAUGUGUACAUUAAAGAUGUAACCAGCUGUUCACUGCUGUGGGUGCAGAAGCUGAACACUUCCACCGCAGCCAACCGAGACCCUCGAAGCUCUCCGUGUUUUUACAUUGUUUAAAAUAUUUUGACAAAGACAGAAGCAGGAGAGGAAUGUGCGAACAAGGUGUGAGGAGGGAAAAACCUGGAGACACUAAGACCUGUAGACAACACAUCACCAUUCAUCACCAGUUAUUGAAGCGGGAAGUCAUCUGAGGCGAAGCUUUAAUAACGAUGCAAAUGUUGCUUAUGAUUUUAGAAUAACUCGUCCAGGUUGGUUCGUUCUGUGACUUUUGUUCCUCAAUGUAGAAAAUGGUCCUUAUGUGACAUUGUCUUUGUGUUAAAAGAUGUGCCUAUUAAAUAAAUAGCCCUCAGACUGUUAGUUUGAACAUUGUAGCCAUAAUAUAAUAAUCUCAAUGCAAUGACUCCAGUGCUCUGCACUGUUAAAUGUUUGGUUCUGUCAUGAAGUUUUGGUUUCCUGAUGUGGUUUGGAAGAUCUUCUCACUAUUUGAACCCCUGUAUAAAUAAGUCGUGAUGACAGAUUUGAUUGACACAUCUUGUUUGUUCCAAUGAUCAGCUUCGUUUAUCAUUUGGUUCAGUUUGGCAGCUGAAGUCGAGUGGUCAACUGCCCGAGUCACAACCUUUCAUUUAUUGCCCCAGCGUUUGCUUUGAAUUGUUUCCAUUCAGAGUCAUGAUGUAGUCGGUUUUAGUACAAAUGUUAAUAACUCUUUUGAUGAUAUUGUGAUGAACCAUGAACUCUCUGUUCUCCCCUCUGUCUGUUUCUCUCUUCUUCCCUCCUCCCUCACUCUUUUCUCCCUGCAGGAUUCAGGGAAUCUUUAGAAAUUACUAUUGUAAUGCCCACAGCCAUUUUCUUUUAAGCACAGUCAGUUCAAAACAAAGACAUAACUUCAUUUCAUCUGCUACUGAAGCGUCGCUCAUUUUCACUCUCUGCCACUGUAACUGUUCUACACAUAAAGGAUUAUUUUAGAAUUAAUUGGCUUGUAAGUAAAUUUAGGCUAAUUAGUUAUGGGUGUAAAAUGAUAUGUAUAUACAGUAUAAUAGAAUAGCAUUUUAUCAAACUAGUAGGAUUUAACAGGUGAUCAGAGAAUCUCAUGUCUUUAAUGGUUCUCAUCAAAUUACACAAAAUAUGAAGGACAUGAAAAGACCUCACAUGUAGUGCACGCAGCUGCAUGACAGCAGGCCUAAUAUAGUCAGAGUACAUUUAUACAGUACAUAGAAAUAGCAUUAUAGCAUCGGCCAAGUCCUGCAAUAAUAAUGUCUCCACAAGAGAAAACACAAUAAGCACCAGAAUUAGCUUUUUGAAUUUGGAAAGUAUGAAGUAGACAAAGCAAUUAUUGCUGUAUCAAUAUUCAAUUUUACAUUAAAACCUGCUCCUGAUGGUUUUAAGGUAUGACCAGAACCUUGAAACUGUAACGAUGCUUUUAUGUUAUUUUAUUUAUUUAGUAACUCUACUAUAUUUGGUUUACUAGUAGUGUUUGAGAAAAACAAAACAAACAAACAAAAAUAUAUAUAUUUUAGACGUAUGAAAUGAUACACGCCUCAUUUCAGAUUCAAGAGAUACAGUACUUUGAGUUUGAGAAAAAAGCCAUCGCCAGUUAGAGUAAAAAUAUGAAAAGAAGACGCUUCUGUCUGACACAUAAAAGGCCGAGUUUUACAGAGAAUCUGAAAAAUUAAUCAAAUGAAAUCAUGAAUACACCUAUUCCCAAAACUCCCACACGCUUCCACACUGCUCUCCUUUUAGUCAGUGUUCAUCAUUAAGUAAAAUGAAUUCAUGUGUAUCUCCACAAAUUCCCAUGUUUGUAUGUUGAAAAUCUACAUCAGCGGAUAGAUCAAACCAGACUGUCACAAAUGUAGUUUUACAUUAUACACUUUUUUUUUACCCAUCGUCCACCAGAGGGUGCUGCAGAACUACAAUAUAUCACUCAUCUAUUUAACAACACACACACACACACACACACACACAGACACACACACACACACACACACACACACACACACACACACACACACACACACACACACACACACACACACACACACACACACACACACACACACACACACACACACACAAGAGGCUGGAUGCUGAAUAAAACAGUACGAUCCCCUGGGUGUGUUUUGCCGUGCUUGUAUAAAGUGAGGGGUAUUUUAAGGCUUUAUUAGAUUAGAGGAAGAGUAAAAUGUAAAGAUCACCAUGUCAGUAUUAUAUUAGAAUUUGUUAAUUAAAGACAUGAGUGUGUCUCCUUUCCUAGUCCAACUAGAGAGAAGUAUUUUCCAGCACAUGUUCACAUAUUACUUUCUUUUCAGCUAGGAUAGCACUGUUUCGUAUAGGUGCAUUCUCUGUAAGUAAAUGGUGUGUAAUUGUCUUACAUGUGUAUCACUCCCCACAUUUCCUCCUUGCUCUUCUUUCUUUGUCUCUCGAGACAACAAACUUCAUGUAUAUAUUAGGAACAGUGGUUAAUAAUGUUUCUUUAUGUUCUGUAUUAGAGAUUUUGGUAAAUAUUUUCUUCUGUAGAGAAGAGUGAAUAAAUCUGAGCUCUUAUAUCAA